CUCGUGGCGGAACACCAAUCUCUGCGCCCACCAUUGGUGUUCCUCUGUUUCGUUAUUUGUUCACCUCUUCUCCCCUCGAUCUGUCUCUCUUCCUCCUCCCUUCUGACCGAGUCUUCCACCGUCGCGUCAUUGCGCUGCCACCGCCGAGUCUCCCAGCCAUCUCUCCGGGGAGAGCGCAAUACAUCGCCCCAACCGCCUCAUACGGGCGCCGUUCAGUGCCUGCAUCAUGUCAUACCCAACUCUACCAACCCUCACCCCUCAGAGGCCACUCCCCGGCGCAUACUUCCAGACACCGGCACCCAACGCGGGCGCGUCGGCGCAGGCCUUGAGUUCCCAACAGCCCGCAGCUACCACACAAGAGCCACCGUCCCCCAUUCAGCUUCCCAGUUUCACUGCGGUCCAAACAAAGCCCAAGCAGAGCUUGUUGAACACGGAGCAGCGGGCUGCACGGACAAUCAAUGACACCCUUGCCCAGGAAUCUCGCUACCCGGACUUGGAUAGCUCUCUGUCCCAAGGCUUCUCAUCCGACUAUGAUCUCCCCACGUCGGCACCAUGGGCCCCUUUCCAGAGGGUAAAGAUGUACAACAUUCCCGACCAGAUCUUCGACCAAUACAACCGAGCGCAAGUAUCGACGAAUAUGGGACUGUUCGCCGAGUUGAAUCACGCCUGGGUCGCAAUCGAUAAUGCUCUCUAUAUCUGGGAUUACACGCAUCCGAAUCCGCAGCUGGUUGGAUUCGAGGAUCAACCGAACAGCAUCAUCACCGUCAAGCUAGCGAAGCCCCGCCCGAAAGUGUUUCUGCCCACUAUCACCCACUUGCUUGUAAUAUCCACCACGGCUGAUGUCAUCUUGCUGGGAAUGGGAUGCGAAACUACCCCCGGAGGUGCACGUCAAGUAACCUUGUAUCAAACCGGCAUGUCGGCCUCGGUACGGGGACUGGAGAUCGACCAAUUGGCCUCGUCGGAUUCGACCGGUCGUAUCUUCUUCGGUGGUAUCUCCGACAAUGAUGUGUACGAGCUUGUGUAUCAGCAAGAGGAAAAGUGGUUUCAGGGUCGCUGCUCCAAGGUCAACCGCACCAGCUCUCGUCUGGCUGCCUUGACUCCCUCAUUGAGCAGCUUUACGCAGACGACGUCCGAAUAUGUCGCGCAAAUGGAGGUUGAUGAUACGAGGAAGCUACUCUACACCCUUUCGUCCUCAUCCACAAUCAGGGUCUUUCAUUUGAAGCCCGACGGCAGUCUUGUCCUUGCCAUCACGAAGCAAGCGCAAGACAUCUACGCCAACAUCGGACAUAUUAUCGCGUCGAAUGAAACCCUCAACCCAAAAAUUCCCAUCGUUUCCAUCAGUCCUAUUCUCGCUGCGGAAGCGUCCAGGUAUCAUCUGAUGGCCACAACUGCAACAGGCUAUCGCAUCUACCUGAGCGCUACCGGUUCCUACAGCUGGGCUUCAGCACCCAAUGGUGCGAGUGCUCCCACAAGCAUGCAAGCUCUUCACGUGAAGACGCCUCCAUUGGAUACCAAUCCUUCGACUCAACUGGCAGCUUCGCAUAAGCUUCAGGGCCAGGCACGUUACCACCCUUCGGUAGCAGCGAGUAUUCCCGUCCAUACUUUACAGCCCACCCGGUUCUCUGUAAGGUAUCCCCCCGGUCACUUUUUCUGCUUUACCUCCAAAGACUCGGCGACGUCGGACUCUCUCUUUAUUUCAGCCCCUGAUUCCGGACGGGUGGCUCGCUCGCAAGAGACUGUCAGUACCAAGGCUGGUGAGACGGCAAUUUGGUUAUCCUUGGGCAGCAGGGCGGAGGAUGUCGGAAUCUGCUCUCCGCCCAGCGAAGAAGCAAUGGCCUUUGGUGGGUUUGGUAAUGAGCUGGCUGUUCAAUUCGAUGAGCCCACUGCCGAGAUUGCUAUUCUCACCAACAAUGGUAUUCACAUUAUUCGCAGACGGCGUCUCGUCGAUGUAUUCGCGGCAUUGGCAAGGAACGGUGGUGAGGGCGAUGAUGGGUUUGAUGGUGUGGCCAAGAAUUUCAUCCGCACAUAUGGCCGUAGCGAAACCGUUGCCACAGCACUGGCCGUUGCUUGCGGCCAAGGGCUGGAGGUGUCUGGUGACUCUAGACUCACCCAAAUCAAUGAUCCGGGUGUUUUGGAGUGUGCACGCAAGGUCCUCAUUGACCACGGCGGCAAGCCUCAGAUGAAUGAAAAUGCUGUCGCCGACAGCUCAACCUUGGCUAUUGAUACGGUUCUCCCAUCGCCACGGCAUGCGGGGAUUGCGCUCUACAUCUCGAGACUACUGCGCUCAAUUUGGAAGAAAGAGAUCGCCACGACCGAAGUGUCCGAAACGCCGCCCAUUGGAGUGGAGACUAUUGUCUCAUCAGUACCUUCUGCCAAAUUGCAAGCAAUUCAACGGGACCUAUCUGCUCUGCAAGACUUCUUCAAGACGAACAAGAACUUCAUUGAAGGGCUGAGCGGCCCCGAGGCUCUAAACCGGGUCUCCUCAAAACAGGAAGAAACCGCCCUGCAAGCGGAACAUCGCGCGCUGCAUUCCCUCGUUCAACUUGUAUCUCAUACUAUCGAAGGCAUUUCCUUCGUCUCGGUCCUCUUUGAUGAACGUGUGGAUGAGAUUGUGACCGCCCUGCCAGCAGAGUCGAAAGAGCGCUUCAUGAAACUCACAUAUGAGCAGCUGUUCAGUACGACUAAGGGCCACGAUAUUGCCAAGGAGCUGGUGAAGGGCAUAGUCAACCGAAACAUCGCUAAGGGGUCCAACGUUGAAACCGUAGCCGAUGCUCUGAGGCGACGGUGCGGCAGCUUCUGCAGUGCCGAGGAUGUCGUGAUAUUCAAGGCCCAGGAGUUGUUGAAACGAGCUACUGAAGUAGGCUCUAACUCGGAGCUUGGCCGCAAUCUGCUGAAUGACAGCCUUCACUUGUUCCAGCAGGUAUCUGAGAACUUGCCGAUGGAUUACCUGGUCUCUGCCGUCGAUAGCUACAUCAAGAACGAGUUCUUUGCAGGUGCUAUUCAACUGGCUUUGAAUGUCGCCGCUCGCUCAGACAAGGCCAACUUGGCACUCGCAUGGCUCGUGGAUGGUCGCCCCGCCGGUGAUACUCGUAUCGAGUCCUUCCAGUACCGGAAGCAAUGCUACGAUCUUAUCUUUAAGGUUAUCAUCGCAGUCGAUCAACACACUGCCAAGGAUAUUGGAGUCGUUGACGGACAAUUGACGGUCAUCGCCAAACGCAGGAAUGAAGCAUAUGGAGUAGUUUCAGACUCGAAAGACGAGGUGUUCUUGACUACCCUAUAUGACUGGUAUCUCGAGCAAGGUUGGAGUGAGCGACUGCUCCAGACCGACUCUCCAUUUGUGGUCACCUACCUCGAGCGCAAAUCCAAUGAUGACAUUGAGCAUGCUGAUCUCCUCUGGCGUUACUUUGCUCAGUCCCAAAGGUUCUAUGACGCAGCCAAGGUUCAACUUCAGCUUGCGCAGAGCGGUUUCAAGCUUCCUCUGAGCCGCAGAAUCGAGUAUCUGGGCUGGGCGCGGGCCAAUGCCUCCAUUUUCACACCAGACGUUAGCCGACAGGCUCGCCAACGGCUGGUCCAAGAAACGUCCAACCUGAUUGAUGUUGCUAACAUCCAAGACGAUAUCUUGCAACGAUUCAAGGACGAUCCCCGGGUUGCGCCGGAGCGCAGACGCGAGGUCUUGAAGGACUUGGACGGCCCUAUUCAGGACGUCAGCACUCUCUUCAACACCUUCGCCGACCCGGGAAGCUACUACGACAUCUGUCUCCAGAUCUUCUUCCAGGCCGACCAUCGCAACGCAGCAGACAUCAAGUCCACAUGGCAGCACCUCCUGCAAGACCUCCACAACGACGUCCUCGAGCGGGGCGAGCCCCAGCCCUACGAAGCGGUGAUCGAUAAGGUCCGCAGUCUAGGCGGCCGACUCCGCAUGUCCGACUCCAUCAUGCCCAUCCCGAUCAUCCUGCCGAUGCUCGAGCGCUACGCCCUGGAACACCAGCGGGACGUCGGCCCCCCGACGUGGAUCAUCGACCUCCUCCUCGACCUGAACGUCGCCCACGAGACUAUGUUCAGCGUCCUGGAGGGGAUGUAUUACACAGAGGAAGCGCCCUUCCAGGGCCAAAACAAGAAAUACAUUGCCAAGGACCUCACCUACGUCAUCCAGCACUGGUACCACGAGACCGUUCGCCCCGGUGGCCGGGUCUUCGGCAGCGACGCCGCCGCAACCCGCGUCCUCGAGACCCUCCUCCUCAUCCAACAGGGCGGCGGCAUCUCGCCCGACCAGUCGCGUGUCGCCAACGAGCUCCGCACCAGAAUCGAGGAUAUAUUGCGGUAAUGUAAGGUAGUGUUUUGUGUGUGGUCGCUUGGUUGGUUGGUUGUGUGUCUCUGGAAUUAUAGGUUUCGACGAUUAGGUAGCACGUUCCAAAUCUCACUUUUUCUUUCUCUCUUUCCUUUCCUCGCUUUUUUUCCAUCAUCCAUGUUCCCCCCACCACAGGAAGCAGCAAGCGGAUAGAAAAGGUGAUAUUG